AUGAUGAGCAGUUCUGUCUGCCGUUUCACAAAUACCGCGUCUUUCAUGGCAGAGAGUCUUGGAUGGAUAGGAACGCUGAACUGUGUCUCGUACAGUCCUGGAUUCGUCACCAGCAGGUUCAAUGGCAGCGUAGUGGUGUCUGCACCGCUGUCGUUCAACGAAAGUUUGAUGCUGGUCACGUCGUGCAUCUGUUUGGUCCCAGAGUACAGCUUGAGUUUGGUGGUGGAUUUCAUCAGGUCCAGCUUGACGCCUUGCCGCAGGCUCCAAUUGUCCCUGGUUCUCAAAUUCGGUGAUGGUGACACCUUUGCACACAUCCAGCCGUGUCUGGAGAUUGCUGAUGGAAACAUCAUGGAACCGACUAACCAGCCGCUUCAGAAGCGCGUGCAGAUUGUCAAGGUCCAGAGCAAGAUGUUGUUCCACGCAUCCCCGUGGCUGAUGGUUGCCGGUGCCCAGCAAAGCAUGGUAGUGUUGCAACACCUCCUGCGGAUGGUGGUACUGUUGUUGACGAUUGGCACCACCAGGAUCAAAACCAGCGGGUUUGAGUCCGGCUUGGAAAUCUGUCUUUUCAAAAAACCCAUUGGCAGGUCCAGUCCCUUGGAAACGAGCCGGCUGUACUUCAACACCUCGUUCGGAAUCACCUUCUCGUUGCGGGUCAGGAGUCCCCAGGCGUUGGUGGACAUCUGGAUCAAUGGAACCUCCUUGGAGAAGCUGAUGAGGUCUUUGGAGAACAGGUUAAACGGAGUGAACUCUGCGUCGGAAAACGGAUCCUGUGCAACAAACGGAUUUUCUCUGUUGGAACGGGCCUGUCUCUGCAUGCGCACAACAAACUUUGAAAGCAUCUUCAUCCAUUUGUCGUGGAUCAGCUUGUUGUCGCUCGUGAGCUCCACUUCUGGAACACUCAGACUGGCAAGAUUGAGAGUGAUGUCCAGACUCGACUCGUUUUCAAAAACGGACGACAACUUGUCAACGAGAUAA